GAGUGAGAGUGAGAGAGAGAGAGACAGAAAGAGAAUGAGAGAAAGAGAAAACAGCAAGGCAGCGAGAAGAGAAGAUGUUAGUGUGUGCGACAGAGGGACUGCUAAAGAACCAGCAGGUUGUGAGUAGCUUGAAUGAUCCUGCUGUGCGUGGACAGUGAGCUCUGGGCAUAGCAACAGCAAAGUGAUGCACUGGAAAGGUGCCAUGUGUGAUUGGCCAGCGCACCCAAUGGCAGUGGCAUCGCCCUGGAUUUGGCGAGAAGCUCUCCCCCCUGCUUAUUCUCUGGGGCUCCUCUGGGAAGCAUUCAUAGGAUUUAUCCCGUCCUGCUGGAUGGCAAAGAGCUCUCUGCCUCUCUGAAAAAAGUCCACAGAGAAAACAUACACUACACGGAUAAGAAGUUAAAUAAUUAUCCAAUCACAGCACAAGGAGGCAGACCGGGUUCCCUUAGCAACAACUGAAGGAGAGAAGAGAAUCCUUUUCUCUUUCUGCUCUCUUGGUUUUUUUGGGCACACCCCUGUGGACUGCUGUGGGUCAGUUUUCUAAGACGACUUUGAUAGCACUGUUGCAUAAAUCAAGCUGCCACCCAAAUUCCAGGGGAAGGUGCUCCUUUGCCCUCCAGCUCCUUUGUAACUGUGUCUCAUUGGCACCAUGAUUUUUUUGUUAUCCCUCCACAAAUUCUCAUCACAAGUCACGUUCCGCUGGCUUGGAAAUCAAUUCAUUCUGAUCCCACGCCACCUGGAAUAAGCUCUGCUUUGGGGGGAGAUUGGACGCUUUUGUGAAAAGACCCACAUCUACCUUCCUCCCUUUCAUGGACGAGAAAUGAAGGACAACAUGAGUAAGUCGUCAUCUGCAAAAAAGAAAAGAAUGGAUCUGAAGCAAAGUUUAUUUUGACGUGUGUUUCUACAGACAAUCUUUUUGUUUUUACUGAAGGAGGAAACGCCACACUGCACAGAGGAAUAUCCCUUUUUUUCCCCAAACAGGAUCUGUCCUUUCUCUCUUAAAAGACAGUAUCCCUCACUGAGGGACUAUAUUUAGAAGGCGAAUCUCGUCCCCACUGGCCAAUAAUGUAGAACACGAUCAUUUUGAAAACUGAGUCACUGCUGGGAGUUCUAUUUUUCUAUAUAUGUUGGAUAGCUUUCUCUAUUAAAGAGUUAAUACGAACCCCUUUUCUGCUUUCACUUUUGUAUGUUAGCCUGCCAUAAUGUCACUGUGUAUCACAAGUAAAAAGGACUGUUAAGGACAAGCGGAAGACAAAAAAGGUCUUUUCCCUGUAUAGACAGGUGUUUUAAAUAGUAUCUCCUCGGGAACAAUUUCAAACAUACACACUGACACAUGAGAUGAGUUGGCUCAAUACGAUUAUGUAAGAGUUUCAUACCAGCUUUAGCCCAUGUAUUUUGCCUCUUCCUUUUCCAUGGAUUUACAGCGUUUGACUUGUCCCAUGCACAUUUUCUCUUUGUUUUUGGAAGCGUCUACCAGAGGGCAUGGAUGUCAGAGUGUGACCCUGUGCCGAGUGUGCGGGCGAGGCAAGGUGUUUUGGCUGCCCAGGUGCUUUUAAGAUGUUGAGGUCUCCCUGCGUGGCCGGGGCCCCUGUUCGGAUCAGUAGCACUGAGGCUCCUUGUAGCCAAAGACAUGGACCCCGACUCGGCUCCCCCACGCCCUCAGCCUGUUGGCCACUGGCCCCACUUCACCCUGUAAAGGAUGUCCCUCAGCAGAGCUCCGGCCCGGGACACCUCUGAGACCCCCAGCCCGAGAGAACGCAUCCGCAGCCACAUGAAGAUGGUGAUCAACCAGCUGGAAGGUAUCCUCAUAGAGCUCAAGGAUGUGGCCAAGGAACUCCGGGAGGUGGUGGGUCAGAUCGAUAAACUAACGUCAGACUUUGACUUUGACCUGGAGCCAGAUGACUGGACAGUGGCCACAGCCAGCAGCACGUCCAGCAGUGAGCGAGGCUUGGGAGAGGCCUUCAGGCUGGACUUUCUCAAUGCAGAUGUGCUUUCUGAUAGUUGGGAGUUUUGCAGCUACUUGGAGGCAGCUGGCGCAGCCGCCCGCAGGCCUGGUGAGCAACCAGGAGAUCUGCGAUCGGAGAUGGGACGCGGGACCAUCCCCACCCAGACUCAGACCCCCACCCCGCCCCCCACCACUGCCUCGGUCUACUCCCAGAUGAACGGUGGGCUGCCCAUUCCUAAUGGGCCCCGCAUUAUUACUCCAGAUUCAUCCAGCGAAGAGGCCAGCAGCUCCACACACAGCCACAAGACUUCCCGUACCUCUGGCACAAGAGAAAGAGUCCGCUUCAGUGAUAAAAUUCUGUACCAUGCAUUGUGCUGUGAUGAUGACGAGGAGGAGGAGGAGCAAGAGGAAUUACAGGAGGACAAGAGUGGCUGUGCUACACCAGAGAGUGAUAGUGAACCCAGUCUCCUCACAAGCUCAGUCACCCCCAAACGUUCUUCCUCUGAGCACUCCCUCCUUCAUAACUGUCUGGACCCUUCCUAUGUCUCGUCGCCAGUGAAGGGGACAACGGGAGCUCAUACACUACCCAGGAAAGGUCUCUUAAACCCCGGCUGCCGCAAAAAACUGUUACGAAAUAGCAGCACACAAACUGUCUCUGACAAGAGCACCCAAACUGUACUGCCCUAUAUUCCAACCAAACAGAAAACAAAGGACCACUGAGAAAGCCCUAAGUUUAUCAUAAAUCUCAUGAAGAGGACUGUGCAUUAUUUAAUAUUAAAUACAUAGCUCAUAGAUUAAUACACAAAUAAAUUAAUUACUAAAUAAAUAAAUGAUAUAUGGGAAAUCACUCGACUACCUAAAGUUAUUCUGAGGCUCAGGGAAAACAGGAUGAAAUGAAGCAAAGCAGGUCAUUAAGAUGAACGUUAAUGGUGGACCAAAAGGUUAGUGCCUGUUCUAAUGUUAAGAUACACUGAAUGGAUUCCCUAUGUUUAAUCAUUUGAAACAAUUAAUUAUAAAAGCAAUCUUUUUACUAGAACAUUUCAAGUGUACAAAAUUGGAGUGAGGUAUGAAGAGGUUCCUUCCCCUCCGCAUAAGACACAAAAAAGAAAAGAACAUGCUUGUUCCUAUAAUGUGGAUCCAAAGCACUGCACAUUCUGUAUUCUGAAUCUGUAUAAACAUUGUCUUUUUCCAUGUUCCAGUUAUUUCAAAUGCCAAGGGGAUUGUCCUUUUUAGUAUGCACAUGUCAAGCCUCUCCCUCUCUUUGAUGUCAACAAACGACUUCGAGCGAAGAACCAGAAAACAACACUAUUUACCUGCCCUUGAGUUUAUAAAUCAUCUCCAUGUGAUCUCCUCUUGGUCCGCUGCAGAAGCUCAAACAUAACAGCGGCAGGCAGAAAAACACACACGUAAACUAAUUUAAGAAUGUGCAGUCCACAAAAGUGACAUUUACACUUUUCUUCUCACUUUGUCCGUGACUGGCCGUGACGUCAUUGGACCUAGGAGCUAAAUAGCAGUCCACAAAAAAAAAAAAGUGCUAAAGGUUUUGUCUCUCUAUUCAGUUGCUCAGUGGGGAAUUGAACUCAGCAGAACAGCAUUUUAUUCACAGGGCUAACGCCAAUAGCCAUUCCUGAUCAAUAUGUUAGAGGGAGGUUGCAGCGAGAGGUCUCUCUGCUGAGCCUGCAUGCCACUCUCUUGGGAUCUGAACAAAAACUCACAGUCAGACCUAUUUACUUACACUGAGUGGAACAAAAAUUAGAACUGCGGCCCUAAAGAACUGACAUUUCAAAAAAUGUGCGUCCAGGAGUGAGAGCCGAUGGUGAUAAGAGUGUUUUUACAGAGCAAUAAUCUACCCUGGGGAAUGGCUUUGAAAGUCUGCUACCCCGGUUCCUUCACUCUUGCAUUCCUAAUGUUGUGUUUGUGUGCGUUUCAAUCUUAAUCAUUUACAUACUGUAGAAAGACAUUUACGUAUAUAUUUAAUGCUUCCAUGUGAAAUGUAUGUGCAAGCAAGCCAUCUUGUUUUUACCUCCACAUCGCAGGAUUUUUGUUGUUGAACCUACUUCUGAUGUGUUUUUUCCUUUUAGUGGAACCAAGAAGUCAGUUUAUCACUAAAAUAUUUUACUAAAUUCAUGUAGAUUAGACCAUUUUAGUCUGCAGAAAUGUUCUCAAAUUAUCUACAGCUGGUCAAAGCAAUAUAUUGGAAUCAACAACCAUAACUCUAGACUAAUAAAGUAUAAAUGAAAAUAUCAUGCUACUGUAAACCAGAUAAUUCAAAUCUCCUUGCAAUGCACACAGAAGGGCAGGUUUUACAAUUUUGGUAAACUGGAAAAAGCAAUAACAGUCGCGAAUGUAACUCAAAAUAAGCUUGGUUACUAUUCAACUAAUUACAUAGUAAUUCUGUUGUGAUGUUCCAAUGCCAGCACUGAUACCCUGCGUGUGCUGUAUUUCAGUGAAUCUCUGAUUUGAUCAAGGUUUCUGAUGUGUCCAGUUUUAUACCACUGGCCACCUCAACACUGUAGAUUCGCAGGUGCUCUGGAGAAGCACAUCCAUAACAGCCCACCGCUUUGUUUUUGUUUGUGUGUUCACUUAUUGCAUAGUGCACUGCUUAGGGGAAUUACAGCUGUGCUGUUUAGGCACCAUCAAGCCUCAAGAGACCGAUAUAAGGGAGGCAGAGUGAGCACUUUUACACCAGGCAGCUUGGUAGAAGUCG